GCACAAAUAUGAUUUUUCAAAGUGGGCGAAAGAGUUGAAAUUCCUGUUUAAAAACAUCCCCCAUAAUAAUUUACCCUCCAAAUUCAGUUUCGGUCUAUAAAAAAAACUAAAAUGGGAACAGUUCUUGAUUCCCAUUUCUUAGCUCUCACAGCUCUUGUUACAGUGGGUUAUCAGUUCAUAUUCUUCAUAAUCACAGCUCUUUUGAAGUUUGAUAAAAUCACUGAUUUUGCUGGAAGCACAAACUUUAUUAUAAUUGCAGUAUUGACUUUAGUUGUCAAAGGAGCAUGGAAUUUAAGACAGAUAAUCUUGACGUUGUUCGUGGUGAUUUGGGGCAUCCGUUUGGGGUUAUUUCUACUAAUGAGGAUCUUACAGUGGGGGGAAGAUCGCCGGUUCGACGACUAUCGGUCUAAUAUUGGCAAAUUGGCAGUUUUCUGGACAUUGCAGGCUGUGUGGGUAUGGACUGUGAGUUUGCCUGUAACAGUUGUAAAUGCAAGUGACAGAGAUCCAUCUACUCGAGCAGCAGAUGUUAUUGGUUGGAUUCUUUGGUUAGUUGGUCUUGUGGUUGAAGCUACGGCAGAUCAACAAAAACUGAAAUUUAAGAAUUCUCCUGAAAGCAGAGGGAAGUGGUGCAAUGUUGGGGUUUGGAGUUUCUCUCGUCAUCCAAAUUACUUUGGAGAAAUUCUCCUUUGGUGGGGAGUUUUCAUUGCUUCAACCCCCGUACUGAAGGGAGCUGAAUGGCUUGUAAUUUUUGGACCAAUCUUCCUUACUCUUCUGCUUCUUUUCGUCAGUGGCAUUCCAUUACUCGAGGAAUCAGCAAAUAAGAAGUUUGGUAAUGUGGAAGAAUACAAGCACUACAAAAGAACAACCAGCCCCCUCAUUCCAUUGCCACCAAUAUUGUAUGCCAAUCUGCCAGGAUGGUUUAAAGCAGUAUUCCUCUUUGAGUUUCCUUUUUAUAAUAAAAGCACUCCAGGCGAAAGAUUAGGCUGGGAUAAAGAGAGUUUGGCGAAUGAUGGAGGUUCAAAGAAGGAACAUUAAACGAAUAUGGUGAAUCAUAACUUGGCUGGACUGUGAUUUAUCUAUAUAAUGUAUGUAUCACGUGUGCGUCUUUACUGACCGAAUGUUAACUUAGAGCAUUGUAAUUGUAAGAGCACUAUAAGUCUUCUGCUUUUGUUUAACGUACGUGCUGUAACUUCUUCAUCCCCUGUUUCGUUGUGACACGCUUACAAGAGUUUUACACAUUGUAAACCAUCCUCUGAAAAUUUGUAAUAACACUGUUUUUUACUAGGAUGUGGUUUUUUGUUUUUACUGUUCAAUGUAACGAUAUUCAGCUUA